CCCCCCCACCUGGUUAUGUCCACUUUCCCAUCAUUUUCUCUCUGAAACGGUUUCUUGCAAAUUGCAGUACUUUUUUUAAAGAAAAUUUUAUUUGGUGUUUUAUUCUUUCCAAUCUUCGUUCUCGAGUUGAAAAAUUUUCUAGUAAGUGAGAAAUGGGAGCUCUAGAUCAUUUCUCGUAUCUCUUUGAUUGUUCUCACGGCCGUUCCAAGCUCAAGAGGCGCAAGCAAUUGCAGACGGUGGAGGUCAAGGUCCGCCUCGAUUGCGAAGGAUGCGAGCGGAAGGUUAAGCGGGCGCUCGAGGGAAUGAAGGGUGUGAAACAGGUAGAUGUGGAGCGCAAGGCCAACAAGGUCACAGUCGUCGGAUAUGUGGACCCCGCAAAGGUGGUGGCACGUGUCGCGUAUCGGACGGGCAAGAAGGCCGAGAUCUGGCCCUACGUGCCAUACGACGUCGUUGAGCACCCGUACGCGGCUGGGGUUUACGACAAGAAGGCCCCACCUGGGUACGUGCGAAAUUCCCAGGACCCGCGGAUCUCGCAGCUCGCACGUGCGAGCUCCACCGAGGUGCGGUACACCACCGCCUUCAGCGAUGAAAACACAGCCGCUUGUUCUAUCAUGUGAUCCUCCCAACACUAUCUCCUGUAUGCUCGAUUGUUUAGAGCCAAUAGAUGUUAGUAGAAGAAUCUUUGAUCUUUGUGCGCUACUGUAUUUUUUGGGUUACUUUUAUUUGAUUGAAGUUUUGUGAUUAGGUCUGUUAAGAAUCAAAGUGUUGUUGUUUUCAUGUAUAUUUACCAUGUUUGAAUCUAGUGAGAUAUCUUGAGUCUCUGCA